AUGAGAGGCGAAGGAAGCGCUGUCGGCCAUGGACCCGAGAAAGAUCACCCUGACUAUGCAGAGUCUACCACGAAUAUUCGUCGAGUCAUUGACAGCGACAAUCUACCCCAGGAGCUGACAUAUGCCCCAUUGGUAGCAGGAUUGAGUCGGCCGUCACCAUCAAGUUCCCAUGAUCCUCCAUCGUUAUCGCAAGUCGAGGUCGACAGGGAUCUUUCAGAGCUAGAGCCAGAGCCAGAUCCAUCUAUCUGUAUCCUCCCAGAGUAUAUCGACAAUCUCCGUGGCAAUGUCGGCUCACAAGAUCAGCAAUAUCUCUGGCUAAAGGGUGCGCUCACCCUGCCCGACGAUCACUUGAGGAGUCCUCUUGUGGACUGCUUCGUCGAAUAUGUGCACCCCACCAUGCCGGUGGUGGAUUUGAGAGAAUUCCUUGGAGCAUUGCACGAUUGCGGCAACUCGUCUAGACCACGAAUCAGUUGCUUGCUCUUUCAAGCGGUCAUGUUUUCUGCCGUGUCUUAUGCCGACUUGACCAUCCUUCUCAACGCAGGCUUCGCAUCUAGAAGGGCGGCUAGAAAAUUGUUCCAUGAACGAGCCAAGUUGCUUUACGACCUCGACGUCGAACAACGUCCUUUGGUCCAAGUCCAAGCCCUUGCUCUCUUAAGUCACUGUACAAGACUUCCCGGUCAAAUCAAGGAGGGAUGGCAUUGGCUGGGCAUCGCAAUAUCAGUCGCCUUUUCUCUCGGCCUGCACCAAACUCGUUCUGGCAGUCCUGGCGAUCAGCCAGUAUCGCGACAAGCAAGGAGGAUCUGGUGGACUCUAUACGUGAGAGACCGGCAGCAGGCGCAGUACUUGAGUCGUCCGAUGAGGAUCAGAGAUGACGAGUUCGACACACCUCCACUCACUCUGGAAGAUUUCGAUCUGGAGAAUCUGGAAGAGCUUCAUCUGCCGCAUCUUCCAUUCACAUCACGAAAGACCCUUCGCCGAUCGAUCCAAACCAACCAAACCAUGAUCUUCAUCAAAAUGACGGAGCUAUACUUCCACAUCAAUGGCGUCUUGACGACGCAUUUCUCCAUACUAUCGUGGAAAAAGUCGGUCGCCGCGAGUGAACAGCUGUAUUCCACUUCGCCCACGGCUUGGAUGAUGCGGCGAAUGCGACCCGAGGCCGAUAUUGAAGGUCAACACUCGCGCUUGACGAGAUGGUUUGCCGGACUUCCUCCAAACUGUCGAUAUAGAGCACCCAGUCCGGCGGAAAUCGCACGUACGGGUGGUGGCUCGUUGCUUGGCCACCUGACACUAUUACACAUUGCGUUUCACAACACCAUCUCAACUCUGCAUCGGUUUCGCGCAAUCCCGCCACAUCAGGCAAGCACUUUCACCCUCCGAGAGUAG